GAGGGAAGAAACUGUCCGUACAGAGCAGACUUCAGGAUCCCGACUACCGGUGGCAGCUGCGGAUGAAGUUUCUUGAGCAGGCAAAGAGUUACAUAGGUGUGUCCUAUGCCAAGAAGUAUCACGACCCGAGCACUCCAGAGUACAAAUCCCAACUCUUCCUGGAUUGCUGCGGACUGAUUCGGCGGGUGGUGCGUGACUUAAAAUCAGAAUUUGGCUUUUGCAUCGUCCAGGAAACCAGGCGUAUCAGUACGACACACUCCCCAUCACUCUGCCCAGUGAGGAGCACAUGAAGCCGGGAAACCUCAUCUUCAUUUCAGGAACGUAUUUCGACACAGAACGAAGGAGGCAAUUCCAUGACAUUGUCCACAUGGAGAUCUGGCUGGGGGCCGGUGAGCGCAGCCUCGGGGCCAGGUGGAAAAGAGGCAGACUGCAGAUCUUUGAUUCCUACCGGUUUGUCUCUCCUUCCUACGGAGACAUGGAAUAUCACUUCAAGUCCAUUGAAACUUGGCUCCAAGGCACCUGUGUCAGCCACUGCCCAGAACACAAGUGGGCUUCGGUUAGAGAGCUUCCCGGCAAGAAGUCUGUCUUCUAUCCUGAGACUGUACAACAGGAGCCUGCUGACGAUGAUGGAGGUGGCAUGGAAAAGGAAGGCAAAAUGCAACUGAAAAAUGAAGAGACAGCUCCCAGAUCCCAAGGCAUGGCUCAGGACAUAAUGAGCAGGACCAGAUUGAGAGAGACCACCCAUAUAAUUGCUGUGGAUUUACAGGGCAUCCCAAGAACUGGGUCUAAUGUUACCAGAGAGGAUGAAAUAGAAAGGAGGUUAGAUACAGAAGCUAGUGAAAACAGGGGACAGUCACCAGCGAGCAGGCUGCUGGAGACUCAUCUUACUAAACCGGACUUGGAAAGCAGUAACUGUGUACCCCCAGAUGGAAAUUUGGGUCAGAAUAAAGGUUCUGAGAAAGCCCAAGAACCAAAGACAGCAACAAAAGUCACAUCUAAGGUCAGCCAAGAAAACAAUAGCAAGGAGAACAGUAUAGAUCUCAAGCCUUCCCAGAUCAUCCAUGAUUCUGAUGUAAUUGCUGAAAAUGCCCCUUCAAACUCCAAAUUAAAUUCCAAGGGGACAUUAGCAACUAGCAAGAGGAAAAAGGGAACCAAGUCAAUGACAAAAGAAGGAGAUAAGCAGCUGGUUGGAUCCUCAUCAGCUGAUACAGCUGCUUCCAGCGCAUCUGAAGUGAAGCUGGUGUAUGAAGCCAAGUCCAAAGGGAAUAAAACAAAUCACAAAACAGCCCCUGAAGUAGAUCAGCUAGAAGACAAGAAGCCGGAGGACCCUCAGUCACCGGGGCCAUUCUUUUAUAUUGGCGGUGCUAAUGGAGCUGGACUGGUGAGUGUCUACUGCAGGAGCAAAGGCUGGCAGCGUAUCCAUGACAACAAAAGGGAGGAUUACAAACUGAAAUGGUGCGAGACCAAGAGCCGAGAGACCUAUUACAACUUCAAAGAAGGUGAACAGCUUCUCUACCAGAUCCCCAACAAUAAGGUCCUCACUACUAAGAUUGGCCUUUUGAGCAACCUGAGGGAGUAUGAGCGGGUGAUGAACAAGAUCAGCAAGAACUUGAAUGCUAAGAUCCUGAAGAUGGAAGACUUCUUCCCAGAAUCCUUUCGGCUGGACAUAAAAGAUGAGAGAGAAGCUUUCUUUGAACUUUACAAAGACACACAGAUUUGGAUCUGCAAACCCACUUGCUCCAACCAAGGGCGAGGAAUUUUCAUGCUUAAAAAUCAAGCUGGUGUCCACUCGCUUCAGGCCAAGCUCCAGAGCAUCGAAGAAGAUCCUCUGUACAAGAAGGUGCCGUACAAAGCUCCCCAGGCAAGAAUAGUGCAAAGGUAUAUCCAAAAGCCUCUGCUCCUAGAGGGGAAGAAGUUUGAUGUCCGUUCUUAUCUCCUCAUUGCCUGCACGGUGCCUUAUGUAUUAUUUUUCGGACAUGGCUAUGUCCGACUUACCUGCACCCACUACGAUGCCACUUCCGAUGACCUCACUGCUCAUCUGACCAAUCAGUACAUGCAGAAGAAAAACCCCCUGUAUAGUCAGCUGAAGGAGGAGACGGUGUGGCGGAUGGAGCGCUUUAACAGAUACGUUAAUGAUAAAUUCAGGCAAGCCAAGGGCCUCCCCAAGGACUGGGUCUUCACCGUGUUCACUAAGAGAAUGCAGCAGAUCAUUUUGCAAUGCUUUCUGGCUGUCAAGUCCAAGCUGGAAUGUAAACUGGGCUACUUUGAUCUCAUUGGCUGUGAUUUCUUGAUUGACGAAGACUUUAAGGUCUGGCUCCUGGAGAUGAACGCAAACCCUGCUUUGCACACCAACUGUGCAGUGCUGCAGGACAUCAUCCCCACUGUGGUCAAUGGGACUCUGGAUUUGGCUCUUGAGAUUUUCAACAAGAGCUUGAAAGGCCAGAGGAUUUUGCCUUUGCAGACACAGUGUCAUUUUGUGCUGCUCCAUAAUGGGGAUAUGUCUGAAGCUGGACUGAGACCCUCAAAGACCAGGAACGCUCUGGGUAUCUCUAGGCACCAAAGGUCAUUGACGGAAAGCACCAGCCACCUCGCUCGGCAUCCUCCCAAAGCAUCAGAGAAGCCUCCAAAGAAACCAAGUGGUUCUGGGGAAAACACAAUCUCCACUCCUCAGAAAGUUUCCCAGAAAACUAUCUUAACUAUACCCCAGGUGCAGAUCACUGACAUAUGCAGCGUCUACGCCUGCCAUCCUUUCAAACCCACAGUCAGAAGCGGCCAGGUGAGCAGUGCUUGCAGCCAGUACAUUAUCAAGCCUAUGGUAGUCUCAGAGGAAGGUAGCCUGGCAAAGAUCAGCACAGACGAUGGCUCAGAGAAGGACAUGGCCAGCACUAUUGUUCCCACAACUGCUGCUUCAAAAGAGACUGCCUAUGGUAUGUGUUUACAGCCGACCUUUGGGAUUAAUUCUCCCACAUCCCCUAAAGAAGAGCCAGCCUUCACCAGCUCCCAGAUGGUCUUUCUGCACCUCCAGUCCAAGGUCUCAGGUGGCCUGCCUUGCUGGAAAGGCCACUCCAACUCACUCUACCAACCCCCGAUCCACCCCACAGCCAAGGAAACACCAUUGACCAAUGACAGCAAAGCAGCAGCUGUCUCUCAGUGCACCGAGCCGCCUCCGGACAAUCAGAAAAAGGUGUCCCGUCGCGGGUCUUAGACUGAGAUCACUGUGUGUUGAAUACAUAAUGCUUUCCCAUGAGGAACAUAAAAAAACCACCCCACAUUCUAUAUAUCUGUGACGUAUCUAAGCAUUUUUUGGAAACAGUCACUGACUUUUAAAAGCUAUUUUGUUAUUUUAGAAGAAAGAGAGAGAUGAUUGUGCAAUACACUGACUACUGACCACCAAUGUAACACCCCCCGCCACCAUUAAUACGGUUCACUCCCCUCCUCCUGCACACAGCUGUCAAUUUAGAAGGACCAUUGCACUUUGUUUUUUGUUUUUUUAAAUCAUAGCAUUAUCCUGUAAAUUCAUGGAAUGAGACUGAAACCACAGAGUGUGAUGUCCUCUUCCAGAGUGUUUCUUUUAAUGGCAGCUGAGCAGACUCAGUUAUACCCAUGUAUGCCAUUGUGUGUCCUGUGCAAUUAUGUAUGUAAUGUGCACUCCUAAUCAUGUAUUAUUCAGAUAUAUGCGCACGUGUUAUUGU